AAAAGAAUGAAAUAAAAAGAGGAAAAUAACAGACCCCCAGACAGCAGACACACAUCAGGGAGUGCCGUUACAAAGCCAAAACUCCCGACCGACAACCUGAACUGCCAGCUGAAAAAUUCGUUCAAGGCCUUGUUGUGUAUUGGAGUUUUCCGGCGUAAAGUGCGUUUCAGCAGUAUGGCGACCAUCACCGAAGAGAGCUCCAAUAAAUCUUUUGGAGGGUGGCAGAAGGUGUACUCCCAUGACAGCAAGGAAUUAGGUUGUCGCAUGAAAUUUGGUGUUUACAUCCCUCCUCAGGCUGAAGCAGGACCUGUCUCAGUGGUGUAUUGGCUAUCAGGACUCACAUGCACGGAGCAGAAUUUUGUGACCAAGGCUGGUUCUCAAGAACAUGCGGCAAAGCACGGCUUCCUGGUGGUGGCCCCUGACACCAGCCCUCGAGGUUGCAACAUUGAGGGAGAAGAUGAUAGCUGGGACUUUGGGUCUGGUGCUGGGUUUUAUGUGAAUGCUACUGAGGAGAAAUGGAAAAAGAACUACCGCAUGUACUCCUAUGUUACCCAAGAGCUACCUGCCAUCAUUGCUGCAAACUUUAAAGUUAAAAGUGACAGUGCAGCCAUCAUGGGACACAGCAUGGGGGGUCAUGGUGCCUUGAUCUGUGCCUUCAAGAACCCUGGCAUGUACAAGUCUGUCUCAGCAUUUUCCCCAAUCUGUAACCCCAUCAACUGCCCAUGGGGAGUGAAGGCCUUCUCAGGUUAUCUAGGAGCUGAGAACAAAGAGGCCUGGAAGGAAUAUGAUGCCUGUGAGCUGGUUAAGAAGUACAAUGGGCCUCCAUUGGAGAUCCUUGUUGAUCAGGGCAAGGCAGACAACUUCUUAACUCAAGGCCAGCUGUUGCCUGAUGCCCUGGUCACAGGAUGUGCUGCCACUGGUGUGCCAAUCAUCAUGCGCAUGCAGGAAGACUAUGAUCAUUCCUAUUACUUCAUUGCUUCAUUCAUGGGUGACCACUUUGAUCAUCAUGCCAAGUUUUUGAAGGCAUGAGUAAUAAACCAAAAGAUAUUCCAUGUGGAGAUAAACUGUUUCCCUCUUUAACAUAAACUUAAAACUACUACUGCUUUUUCAUUUUGAACUAUUGAAGUCCUCUUAUUGGAAAAAUUAGAUGCAAUAAAAUGGGUUUCAUGAAA